AUGCACAAGACAAGCGACACUAAAUUGACUCGAUCGAGUGACGACGUAGGGAGGCCUAAGUUCAGCAGUGAACUCGAACAGGCAGAAAUGAUGAUGAUGAUGGUGAUGCACAAGACGAGACGAGACUGGAUGACUUCAUGUGCUGGAAUUACUGUAGGGCCACGCAAGUAUUCGCUGUUGCACGAAUGGGCAGUAGUGGAGAUCAAACCCACACCCUCUGGCGCAAGAGACAGGGUCAUUGUCAACUACGGCAAUUGGGUCGUCAUGCUAUCUCAAGAAUUCUUCGUUCGAUGGAGCUUGGAGUCUACGGGC